CUAUACUUGACUACUCUCACCGAGUUAGUGUCCCAAAGAGACUUAAUUAACACUUAUGUAGUCGCUAUAAACCGUUAAAUUGCGAAUGCACUUGUCACCGUGCACUGAUGUGGUAAGAUCUUUCAUCCCCUUCAGAGUAUUAUCCUGCAGCCCGCGCUGGACAGCGAGUAUAUUAAUUAUCCCAUUACCUGUUACCAGUAGAAGUUGAUGGAUGUGCUGUAUUUCAUCGCGCCAUCGCUAAACUUGAUUCUGUUACACGGAUUGCUGUUGCUGGCUGUGGGAUUGCCUUGCUACAGCUGGUAUGUACCUGAUUCUAAAGUACGCUAUAAUCCACUGACCACCUACAGUCCGUCGGCAUACGAAACUCGACCGGGAGCUCCAACACCCAUGCCAGAAACAACUCUGAAAGGGAGUGGAAGCGGCAGUGGAGGCAGCGGAGGUGGUGGAAGUGAUGGAAGCGGUUCCGGCUCCGGACCCGAUGCAAGUGGCAACGGCGACGCCGGUUCGGACGGUGGUGAUUCCGCCAAUGCGAAUGGUGGUAGCAGCAACAAAGGGAGUGGCGCGGCCGGUGCUGCGGGAUCCGGACAAAAAGCCGGUGAUGGAUCAGCCGGCGCAGCGGAUGCAGAUGGCACGGGCAGCGGCGGAGAUCAGACGAUGCUGCAUGUGGGCAAUGGCAUAGUGGCCGGAGUUACGGUCAACGCAAACGUGAAGAAUCAACCCAAGCAUCUAUCUCAGUUUUUUUUAGUGAGCAAAUAUGUUAAUUAAUAUCUUACGAAGUAGAGCUGUGUUCAGUACACAAGAGAAAACAGUGACGGACUCGUUCGCGCUCUUGUGUGUCUACGUACAGUAUCUAACACUGAUAUGAAUGUAGGUAGGUAAAUA